UGCAUCAUGGCUACUACCCAUCCUCAUCCCUCUGCUGCCGAUUCGAGAAAACCCCCUCCCAACGCUCGUCCUCGCAACUUCCAAUCGGUACCUCCUGCACCACCCUCCAAGGCAGAUCCUUUCUAUGGCCACGAACCCAUCGCUCGUCUUUGCGGGCGCUUCAUCACACAUCUGUUCACAUGUCCUGAAUACCCGCCCUCGUCGACACAUUCGCAGCAAAAGCUUCCCUACUUCAUUGCCUACGCUCUUCACCGUACCAAACUGCAUCCUUCGGUCACUUAUGCCUCUCUGGUUCUCCUUCAGCGACUCAAAGCUCGUUUUCCAACCGCAAGAGGGUCGUCUGGCCACAGACUAUUUAUCUCUGCGUUUAUGAUAGCCUCUAAGGUCAUUUGCGACGACACUUACUCGAACAAAUCCUGGAGUAUUGUGGCCCAAGGCAUGUUCAAUCUUCGCGAGGUCAACCAGAUGGAGAGGGAGAUGUGCAGCUACCUGGACUGGGAGCUCACUGUUGACAAUCCCAUCCUCGGUAAAUUUGAAGCGGCCGUGAAGAGGGAUUUCUAUGAGAACAGGGCAUCAUACCCCGACUAUCCGCUCGCUAUGGUGUCGAAACGUGCCGCGAAAGCUGCUACUUCUUCUUCCGCUACUCCUAUGCCAGAACCCAAUUCUACAACGAGUCCGAUCCCCAACUUUGGCGAGCAAAGGAAUGCUUCACCGGCGAAGCCCCACCCGGGUCACCCGGCCCACCCGAGCCACAUACCUACGCCAAGCAGUGUCUCUUCCUGGGGAAGCACUCCAAAUACGCCUGACACCCCAUCGCCGAGCUAUUCAAAUUCGACGUCCCCUGCCUCAUCGGCGUCGCCACCAACCCCUGUGGGCGGUGAGGAUUACAGCGCCAAGAUCCGUGGCGUUGACUCAUCACCGAUGUUUACAAUUACGGAUAUCAUGCCGCCCGUGCAUCCUUUAAAGGGUCAAAUGUUUGCUUUCGCACAUCCCUCACGGUGGUGACUCGGCUGUGGCGUCUUGCUUUGCUGCUCGAUUUCCCUCACUAUCUUUUACUCAAGUGGUUAUCCCUGCAUAAUCUGGCACGAGCAUCAAUCAUUGUACACUUUCACAUCGGACCUUUUUUCAGAGAUACCCCCAAUCAAACUAUAUCCUGCAAUCUUUUUAUUUCCAGCAUCCUAUGUAUCUUUUCUUAUGCAGGUGCAAAGUUACUCCUUGUGCUUCAUUUUACCUAGAUAUCUCGACAUUCCUUUCCACCUCACACUCUUUUGCGAUAGGCUUCCCAUACAUAUAUGUUACAAACAGCAUAAAAACAGAGAAAUAUGAAAAACGUGCUUGAUCAAA